CGCCUGGGAUACCGUUGAUACCUGGUUCAUCUGCUGGUUGCAAGAAGAGACCCUCUUGCCUUUGACAGAGUGUUAAUCGCCUUGUUUAUCUUGCGCCUUGGAUCGACCGGUCAGGACGCUUGACCGCUAUUGUCAAAGAUGAAGUUCCUUCCCCUUCCUGAGAUCGAGGACGUGACGAGUUCCCUGAACUUCGACACUGGCGAUUGCCACAUUCUCGGAGGCUGCGAUCUUUACACGACAAAGGCAGCACGUGCGGACCGCAAAUUGUAUAAGAACAUCGAACAGUCGCUUGAAGCACAGUAUGAAUCAACUCUUCGCCUGUCCGCAUCGUUGUCGCCGCCAAAUGCGUCGGACGCGGCCGCCUCGCUCAAUCUAUCCCGGUCUAGCCCCUUCGGGCCCCUGAGCGACCACUCCAGCCGGAGGACCUUCGCCUAUCUGAUCGCAACUUUGAACGCAAGCCAUCCAGAUUACGACUUUUCUCAUGUUCUGCGCCCGUCCGACUUCCACCGCGAGAGAAAUCUCAAAAGAGUGAUGAAUACGAUCGAUUCCACGUUAUUUAAUCUCCGACCGCGUGAAGCCAUCGACCUCGCUCCCCCAUCCCCCGUGACCAUCUCGGGGUCAUACAAUGCCGGGGCCUCUGCUACAUGGGGGCCGAGGAUGUGGCGAAUAAUCGAUGAGCAGCUGUCACUCAAGGAGUGCUCCAUCUACUCUUACUCCCCGGAAGAGGAUCCUUCUGAUGCGGACGACGGAGCGAUCUGGAGUCUACACUACUUCUUUUUUAACCGUAUCCGGAAGCGUGUCUGUUAUCUCUACCUCAGAGCCAUCCCAAUUCUCAGUCACACGCCGAGCGAUGGAGUCGCUACGCCGACCGCAAAGAGGACGUACGACGACGGCUAUCUCACGCCGGACCUCGGAUCAAGUAAGCGGGCCCGCUACUGGCUCGGCGAAGCAGUGCACUUCGAAGACGAGAGUGAGUCUGACGAAGAGCACGUCGGCAAGCCUGCCCGACCUGUUGUGGACGAAUACGACAACUACGUGCUCAGCGACGAGGAAUUCCGAUCUAGAUCCGGUAGCAAGGGCACGGUACGUGCUAUGAGUGAGGAAAUUGCCGACUCGAUGGAGGUUUAACUUUACGAUUCAACCCAUUACGACUUAUUAUUGCUUCGCUGUCUUACCUUUUAAUCUUCCACUGAUGCCCCCUUUUCUUCGAUUCAAUAUGGA